AUGAAUCAAGUUGAUGAGGAGUCAAUAGAAGAAUUAGCUCAAUCUCAUCCAAUUACUGUUCCAAAACAAAGAACUGCUUCAAUUAACGCUGGUAAUGUCAAUCCAAAUGGACCUCAACCUCCAACAACAGGUACAAACCCAACAGGUCCAGGUUCUAUCCUGAAUAAACAAUCACAUGAACAGUUCAAUACGAAUAAUUCAUCAGUUGAGGAUUUCUUUUAUCAAUCAUCUAAUAAUUCACCAAAUGCUUCAACUUUACACCUCAAGCCAGGUUAUACUUUUGGUUCUGCUCAAUCAACAACUUCAGAACAACCAUCACAAUUAGCUCAACCUCAUGCUAAAUUACCAGAUGCUUUAGUUUCAGCUCCUGAAUUAGCAAUUGCUGCUGCUCAAGCACAAGGUGUUAUCCCACCAAAGUCUGAAACACCUUUCGAAGACUUGAAGAAGAAUGCAUCACAAUCAAAUUUAUCAAGCUUAACAGGAUCUCUUAAAAGUGGCACACCAAACCCUCAUUCAUUAUAUGCCAACAAAAGUUUGAGCGCUAAUGGAUCUUCGACUUUCAUUCCAAAAUCAAGAGUGAACUCACCUCCACCAAACUCUGUUACUGAAGCUAAGAAAUCAAGAGGUUAUGAUGUUGGUAUCCCAGCGGUAAAACGUGUACACCCAAGAUCUAAUUUGAAAUAUCGCACAGAUUCUUUUACUGAAAAUGAAAGAACUAAUGAAGAUAUUUCUAAAAUCCAUAGAAAUUCAGUUGCUAAUUUAGAAUUAGAUGAUGAUUAUGAUUCAAAUCGUAACUUUGAAAUUCCAAAAUUUGGGGGUGUUUCAAACAAAAAGAUUUUACAUCAACAAGAUAAGGCAAACAUUUUCGAAAAAUCACCUUUCAAUGUCGUGGAGUUUGCUAAAGGUAAUGGUGGUUUGAAAAAUGCUAUAAAUUCAUCUUUAGAGGAUGGUAUUGUUAAUGACUACACAUGGUUGGGUACUAUUGGUAUCCCAACAGAUGAAUUACCAGAUUCCACCAAGGGUAAGAUUGUUGAAAAGUUAAGGUCUGAAUAUCACUCUGAAUCUGUUUUACCAAGUGAUUUUACUUUCCAAGGCCAUUAUAAAAAUUUCUGUAAACAAAUUCUGUGGCCUACUUUCCAUUAUCAAAUCCCAGACAAUCCAAACUCAAAAGCUUUUGAAGAUCAUUCGUGGGAAUACUAUAGAUCUUUGAAUCAGGAUUUUGCAGAUAAAAUUGUUGAAAUUUAUAAAGAGGGUGAUAUUAUUUGGGUUCAUGAUUAUCAUUUACUGUUAGUUCCAGAAAUGGUUAGAUCAAAAUUACCAAAUGCUAAGAUUGGAUUUUUCUUACAUGUUUCAUUCCCAUCUAGUGAAGUUUUUAGAUGCUUUGCUCAACGUGAAAACUUACUUAAAGGUUUAUUAGGUGCUAAUUCUGUUAGUUUCCAAACUGAUGAAUAUGCAAGACAUUUCUUACAAACUUGUAAUAAGUUGUUGUUGGCUGAUGUAAGUGAUGAUGAGUUGAGAUACAAAGGUCAAACAGUUAAGGUAGCUUCAGCACCGGUUGGUAUUGAUGCACAUAAAUUAAUCCAACAGCAACAUAGUGAUAUUGUUACAAACUGGAGACAGCUGAUUAGAGAAAGAUGGCCAAAUAAAAAAUUGGUUGUUGCUCGUGAUAAAUUCGAUAGAAUUAGAGGUGUCAAGCAAAAAUUAUUAGCCUAUGAAAUUUUCUUGAAAAAGAAUCCAGAAUAUAUUGAAUCAACCGUUUUAAUUCAAGUGUGUUUGAGAUCAAGUGCCACUGAUAUUGCUUUAGAAACUGAAAUUAUGUCGAUCGUCGAUCGAAUCAAUUCAUUAAGUCCAAAUAUUUCAAAUUCUCAACCAGUCGUAUUUUUGCACCAAGAUAUUGAUUUCACACAAUAUUUAGCCUUGAUUUCGGAAGCUGAAUUGUUCAUCGUUAGUUCAAUGAGAGAAGGUAUGAACUUAACAUGUCACGAGUUUAUUGUUGCAACUAAUGAAAAGAAGUCACCAUUGAUCCUUAGUGAAUUUACAGGUUCAGCUGCUGUAUUUACAAAAGGAGCAAUAUUAAUAAAUCCUUGGGAUAUAAAACAAGUUAGUAAAAGUUAUGAAAUUGCCUUUAAUUACACACCAAAAGAGCGUGAAGAGAAUUGGAAAGAAUUAUAUGAUGUCGUGAUGAAGCAAGAUUGUGACUAUUGGGUUGAAUCAAGUUUAAAGUUUAUUGAACAAGCAUGGGCGGAUCAACAAAGAAAAAGAAAUUACCAAACUUUGAAUGUCGAAAAUUUUGCUGCAAAAUAUAAAGGUGCUUCAAACAAGUUAUUUAUUUUAAAUUUGGCCGUUAUCCCAACCGAAAGAAUAUUACAAAUAUUGACAGAAUUGAGUGCUUCGAAUGAUGUUUACAUGUUAUCAACUUUCAAGCGUACAGACUUGGAAAGAAUUUAUCGCCGUGUUCCAAACUUAGGAUUGAUUGCUGAAAAUGGUGGUUUUAUUAAGAUCAAAAGAGGUGGUCCAUGGAUUAGCGUCACAGGUACAGGAACUGCAAGCUGGAUUGAAACCACAGAGAAAGUUGCCAAUUCAUUUGCAGAAAGGCUACCAGGGUCUUAUGUGGAAAUUGGUGAAGUUUCAUUGAAAUUUCAUACAGAACAGGUUGAAGAUAAAGAACGUCAAAGUUCUAGUAUUGGUGACUUAAUUUUCCAUGUUAACAAUAGUGAUAGUAAUAUCCACGCAACAGUUAUUGGCAACACAGUUGUUGUUCAAGAAAGUGAUUUAACAUUCAAAGCUGUUAAAUUUUUGAUUAAUUACAUUACUAAAACUGGUAACAUUAAUGAAGCUGAUAUUGUUGCACCAGCUUCACCAGUUAGCCCAGGGCCUGAUAAGCAAAAUUAUUUUGAUUUUAUUCCAAAAAAAUUGGACUUUUUAACAGUUGCUGGGUCAUCAAGUUUAAUUUUUGAACCUGUUUUAGAAUAUGCUAAUGGUUUAAACAAUAUUGAUAAUGUCUUCACAAUUGCGUUUGGUGGUGAUGUUUCGAAUGCUAAGGAGCACGUUGAAGGUUUAAAUGAAUUGUUUACAGUUUUAGCAAAUGUUACAGAACAAUGA